ACCGCCCCUGUCCUCGCCGGUACUAGGCUCCUGGGGCCUGCCGGCCGGGGCUGCGCCUAACCUGGAGGGAGCUGGUCUGACCAGCUGUCACUCCCGCCGCGCCGGGGACUUCGAGCACCUAGUCCCCGAGGUCCGCGCAGCCUCCCUGUUAGCGGGACGCAGGCACUAUCUUUGUAGGGAACCAUUCAGGAAAAUGCCUAACUGAUUUCUGGCUAGGAAUUGUGCGGUCGGCGCGUUCCCGGGUUCGGUUGGAGCAAUCCAAAGCGCCGACUGCGUGCCGGUGCCGUAGCGACUCGGAGGUCUAGCAGGCAGAGUGCAGUGGAGGCCUCUGGUGCUGCCGUCAUGCCGUUCCCGUUUGGCAAGUCUCACAAAUCUCCAGCAGAUAUUGUGAAGAACUUGAAGGAGAGCAUGGCUGUUUUGGAAAAGCAGGACAUUUCUGACAAAAAAGCAGAAAAGGCUACAGAAGAAGUUUCCAAAAAUUUGGUUGCCAUGAAAGAAAUUCUGUACGGCACAAAUGAAAAAGAACCUCAGACAGAAGCCGUAGCUCAGCUGGCUCAAGAGCUGUACAAUAGUGGACUCCUUAGCACUCUGGUAGCUGAUUUACAGCUCAUUGACUUUGAGGGCAAAAAAGACGUGGCUCAAAUUUUCAACAAUAUUCUCAGAAGACAAAUUGGUACAAGAACUCCUACUGUUGAAUACAUCUGCACCCAACAGAAUAUUUUGUUCAUGUUAUUGAAAGGGUAUGAAUCUCCAGAAAUAGCUCUUAAUUGUGGAAUAAUGUUAAGAGAGUGCAUCAGACAUGAACCACUUGCAAAAAUCAUAUUAUGGUCGGAACAGUUUUAUGAUUUCUUCAGAUAUGUUGAAAUGUCAACAUUUGACAUAGCUUCAGAUGCAUUUGCUACGUUCAAGGAUUUACUCACAAGGCAUAAAUUGCUCAGUGCAGAAUUUUUGGAACAGCAUUAUGAUAGAUUUUUCAGUGAAUAUGAGAAGUUACUUCAUUCAGAAAAUUAUGUGACAAAGAGACAGUCACUGAAGCUUCUCGGUGAACUGCUGUUAGAUAGACACAACUUCACGAUUAUGACGAAGUACAUCAGUAAACCUGAGAACCUCAAGUUAAUGAUGAACCUUCUCCGAGACAAGAGCCGAAACAUCCAGUUUGAGGCCUUUCACGUGUUCAAGGUGUUUGUGGCCAACCCCAACAAGACACAGCCCAUCCUAGAUAUCCUCCUCAAGAACCAGACCAAACUCAUUGAGUUCCUCAGCAAGUUUCAAAACGACAGGACGGAGGACGAGCAGUUCAAUGAUGAGAAGACCUAUUUAGUCAAACAGAUCAGGGAUUUGAAGAGACCAGCUCAGCAAGAAGCCUAAUUUCCAAUAAACACCUACGAUAUCCCAUCCAACUUCAGCACUUGCUGUUAGCUACUCAGCAUCAGGCACUCUUAUGAUUCAUGAGGAACAUUACUGCUAAUCUGCUGUUAAGUGAACGGUUUUCAUUUUACCUUUUUGUUUUUCAGUCCAGGUUGGAGAACGUAGCUGCUGCUUGCACAUUAGAGCGCACGUGGUCUUUCCCUUGAUCUGUGUCAUUUCAGAACUCACAGACCCCAUUUGCUGCAUGAGUUCUGAAUGUGGCUGGAUUCUCGAAGGCAAAUGUACGAUGAGAGUGGACUAGGGAAAAGAUGUUGACGACAUCAGCUGAUACCUGUACAUUGGCACUGCUCUUUGCAGAUCUCUGCAGUAUGGCACGGGUACACUUGACAUCCCAGAGCCAGAUCAUCCACCGUCACCAAAGGAACGUGGCGUAUACAGGGAUUAUUUUGGAGAUCAGAGGGGAACUGUAUCCAGAGUGAGCUUUGGGGGAGGAUAAAGUUGACGUGCAAAUAAAUUGAUACUGAAACUUAGCAACUUCUCAAGUGUGGCGCUUCGUGAGGUCAUAAGGAAAGUGUAUAUAUGCUUUUCACAGCUUUCUAGAACUUUUUGACAUUUGAUUUUCUUGAGACUUGUGAACCUGGAUGUGUUGAAGGGUAUUUGUUAAUUUUACUUUUGAAGGUAUUUUAAAACAGUAGAGCUAGCAGACACCUUACGUUUCAUUUCAACACUGCUCACAGGUUUCUUUUGUAUAUAAUUCUUAGAAUGCUCAUUUCUUUUAAAUCGUUUAAUUUGUACAGCAGAGGAAUGUUAUUGUAGUAGUAUGUAACUAUUACCUGAGUUUUGCAAAAAAAAAAAAAAAAAAAAUGCUCAUAUGUAAUUGAAAUACUUGAGAUCACAUGAAAAUGCUGAUUUUAACAUUAAGGAUCACAGCACUAAAACAAAAAGAACCAAUUCAUUGGGUUCAGUACCCAAUGGGGUGCCGUUGGUAGGCGGAACUCAGUCCGCCGCCACAUGGACUUGCAGAAUAUUGGCCUUACUCAUUUAAAAUGAGUCCUAAGAUUGCCAUAUCUAUGAAUGACACAGAUUAUGCUAAUAAUGCUGAUUCUUGAUUCUUUGUGGGUUGGGGCCUCUGUAGAGCACCUUUCUUAGAGUAAGUUGAUACCCAGUACAGUAGUCAGGAAACUGAGUAAUUAAAACUUUGGCUUCUCUUAGGAAAAGAAGAGCCCUAGUCCUAGAUGUCCCCUGGGGAAAUUGAUUGUUUUUAAUGUCCUUUUCCUUAUGCUGCAAGUUAUCAGUAUUUAUAAAGCAACUGAUUUUGCACCACUUUUUGUGACUGUGACCACAGCAGAACAAUAUCUCCUAAACUGUAUCUACAUAAAGUUACUAGAAUGGUGUCUGUUUGUCUCAGUGACACAGAUCACAGCUAACAAAAAAAUCAGAGUUUGCCCCAUCCAACUCAGCAUGGCUGUAGCUGACUAAAACAUGACAUAAUUAUUCUUUGCUAGCCUCUCUUACUAACUGAAUGAUUCAUUGGCCAGUAAAAGGAGCCUCCCAUCUGGUGUUUUGAGUGGGUUUUAAGGUUUCCUUCAAGAAACACAAGCCAGAAAAACCACUCCAGAAGAUACAGGUGUGUUCUAUUUCAUUUAAAUGAAGAGUUUCCAAGGCCCUUUCCGCUGGGGGUUAUGUGAGAUGGGGUGGGGGGAGAGGGAGAAUUCAUGUUCCCUAGAAGUAGGGAAAGCAUUCAGUCUCCUGAAGGAGGAAAUCCUCAGCAGGAGGCAGGCUCAGCUGAGCAGACCCAGCCCUUGUCCAAUGCUGUGAAUCAGGCAGGAUUUAGUGGACAGCAGUCAUUACACCUGGCUGGGUCUCCUUGCCAAGCUUGCUCUUAGAGCCUCAGACAGCAAACAGCUUCCAUCUGGGCAAACAUGAGGAAGUGGAAGAGAAAUGUGUGUUACCAAUGCAUCAGGAGCUGGAGGCACAGAGGACUUCUCGGCUGUUUCUAAACAGAACAAUGUGAAAACAUUCAAAAUUGGAAAGUUGCAUUUGAUGUGUGAUCAUUUACUAGGUUCCUACUACCAAAACGAUUAUCCUGGGUGUGGUUUCUUUGAUGUUAUAAAGGUUUAAUUUUGCUUAAGGCAGUUACUCAAUGUGAUUUUUUUUUUUAACCCUUUAAAAAAAGUGGGAGAUGUAUACAAUUGUUAAUGACAUGGAAGUGUUUCCUUUCUCCUAAGGAAAAGUGAAUUUCUUAUCAGAUAUCUGGCUGGCCCUGUAAUUUAAAUUAAAAUAAAAUUUUUGAGAAACUGC